AUGAUAUCCAAAAGUUUUGAUAUUCUUGAUAAAUCAAUUGUUUUUUUGUAUUUAUAAGAUAUCAUAAACAAUAAAAUUUGUCUUUCUGUUAAUUUUCUCACAAUAACAAUUUAUCCUUAAUUCUUCACUGUACUUAAAAAAGGAUUUUACUAAUAAUAUAGAAAAUUUCAUUAUAUUUUUCUUUAGAAUCAAAGUAAUCCAGGAACAGAUCCUGUUGUAUUAUAGUUAGGUGGUGGUCCAAGAUGUACUUCAUUAUUAGGAUUAAAUGAAGAGAUUGGACCAUUUGUUAUGGUUGAUGAUGAUAGAGUAUUUAAAAAGAAUCCUUAUUCAUGGAAUAAUCGUUUAAAUUUAUUAUUUAUAGAUUAACCUGCUAGAGUUGGAUUUUCAACUAAUAAUGAUCCAAAUUAUAAAUAUAAUGAUAUAAAUUCUGGUGAGGAUAAUUAUCAAGCAAUUUUAGUUUGGUUUUCUAUAUUUAAAUAAUAUUAAAAAAAUAGAUUUUUUAUUGUAGGAGAAUCAUAUGCAGGUAUAUAUAUAAAUGUAUGUAAUUAUAAUUUAGGAAUGUAUAUUCCAUAUACAGCAAGAAAUCUCAUAAAAAAUUCUACGAAACUCCAUAAUUAAAUACAAAUUGUUUAAUAUUUUCUUUUUCUUCUCUUUAUGA